UACUUGAAAAUUAACAUAAUGUAGCUAGGGGAGAUUUUUAAAUGCUUCCUCUUGUGCAUAAGGGAGAAAAAAAAUAGGAGGAAAAUUAAGUAACAGUUUAAUUGGCUUUCAGAACAGUCUAUGGGGAGAAAGGCAGGCCGGAUGUCUGCCUAGCUACAUGGCUUGGUGUGUGCUGUAACCAUGGGAGGCAACAUUACAGGCAUGACAGGACAAUGAUUUGGUUUUUCAGCACUGAAGAUCUGAAAAAUGAAUUACCUCCAGCUGGGGGGUUGUUUUCCACUUGAGGAAGACCUGUCAUGCUGGUUUGGAUGACUGCAGGUCAGGCUUCUGUUGGAGGGGAAAAUGGAGGAUUUUCUCCUGGUCUGCCAUGCACCAGCUCAAAUAUGGAUCAUAGUGUUGGCAUGAAUGGGAUCUGCCUCUUCCACCAUCCCCCUCAUUUUAAUCAAGGAGUGGCUUGUAGUGAAGUGGCUAACUGAGAGGAUGAUGAGGGUUGGGCUGAUGAGCCUGAUGCCUUGUGCUCCUUCGGCUCCCACUGUCCCCUAGACCCCUACUUCCCUCCUCCAGAAUCUGAGGAAAAUGGUACAGCAGCAGACCUGUGCUGGUUCAGUUCCCACUGCCUCAAAACUGCUGCAUUUUGGGAUGGUAGCAGUAACAGAGACCUGCAAGAAAGAUACUGACAGUUCGUUUUUUAUUUAAUUUUGUCUUAUAAAAAAGAACCAGUUAAAUCGAUGUCAAUUACAUGAAAACAUGCAAGUUUCAAGACUAACCACUUUCUCUCAGCCUCCUUCAUUUCUCAGAUAAUUCAGGGAGAACUCUAUUGAUUACCUGUCCUCCUCAGGAGCAAACACCAUCUGAGUGAGAUUAAGACCAGGAAUGUGAGGGAAAUGCCUCUUUUCUACAGCUGAACUAGAGACAGAGGCCGAGAGUGACACCAUCCCCUGCUACCACUUUCUAGCCCUAAGCCACUUGCCAGAACUGGGGAAGUGUCAGAUUGGGUGUCUCCUCACCAAAGGCUCCCUAACCUGUUCCAACUCCCUCCUAAACCAUGGCUAAAUGACUGAUAUAAGAUGCCAUAGGGCCAAGCUAGAAAGUGUAUUGAAAGAUCACAGGAUCAUCACUUGCCAGAAUGGCUGAACAUGGAAAAUAUUGUCCCUCUGCCUAUAGCAUGGAUGCUGCCUUCUGCCAGCACCAAAGUGGGGUGGCAAAGCCCUCUCCUCCCUGCCAGCAGCACCACUCUCCCAACAUCCUGAAUCACAGUCCUGAGGACUCACAGGCAUCACAUCUCCAGGGUUGUUAUCCAGGUACUGUGGCUUCACUCCACCGUGUCUUAUUGCACAGGACAAAGCCAUAAAUCAGCCGUGUGCCCUGCUCCCCCCGCCACUGCCGACUGUGAAUGCACCACGGAGGAGCCUCGCUGAUAUCCAUCCUCUGCUGCAGCGGAUCCGAGCAGAGGCAGUGAUUGCAGCCGUGGUACUGAUCAGAUGAUGUGCUGGAUGUCCUCAGCUGCUAUGGAACUCACUGUCUUAGGCAUAAGGAUGCUUCAAUACAAAUGUGUAUAUACAGGAUUGAUCAUACAAGACUAUUUUUAGCUUUGAUUUUAGAAUUAGGCUAGAAGAAUUAGACUAAAAGAAAGUAAAUUUAUUAUUAGCUUUGUUUAUUAUUAGCAUCAUUAUUAGCUUUGUUGUCCAAUGUAAUCAAAACACUUCCUUCCCCAUCCUUCUGAAAUGAUGAAAUAAUUCCAAAUCGGAAAUUAAACUAUUGGAAGAAAAGCAGACAGUAGCAUUAAGGCUUAACCUAGAAAAUUAACUUGUGUUUAGGUCUACCUUUUAAGGACGGGCUGCCAAACUCACACGUGUCCUAUUACAGGUAUAUUUAUAGGCCAAGCCAAGGCGGCUGUGACUGCAAAUCAGUGCAGGAAAGCCAGAAACCCUCAGAUGGCACAGCUCCUUCACUGCUCCAUCAACAGCGCUGAGAGCAAAGCCUGUAACACGCAUCCAGGACAGCAAGAGCGCUUUUGCAUGCAAGGAACAGACCUGUUCUCCUUAAAAACAACCUACAAUAAUUGCAAGCAAAUGUCUCAACAGGAUUUUGUUACAUUCACGGCUGCAGCGAGCGUUCGUUUUUAAGCCGCUCUCGGUGGAACGCAGAGAUUACACUCAGCCGGAAUCUUCCCCGGUCCCGCCCCGCCGCUAUGGCGGCUCGUCCGCUCGGGAGGAUGCUGCGGGGCCGCCGGCCGCUCCUCCCGCUGCGCUCCCCGCUGCCGAGCGCCCGCUGCGCCCGCGCUGCGCACCGGGACACAGACACAGAUCCCCUCACUAAACGAGCUGAAGUAGCUGCUGCUACAGACUGGAAAAAAAAAUUGACUCCGGAGCAAUUCUAUGUUACAUGAGAAAAAGGAACGGAACCGCCAUUCAGUGGGAUCUAUCUGAAUAACACAGAAUCAGGAAUGUACUGCUGCGUGUGCUGCAAUGCCUCCCUCUUCAGCUCAGAGAAGAAGUACCAUUCUGGGACUGGAUGGCCAUCUUUUUCUGAGGCUUAUGGCACUUGUGGCAAAGAUGAAAGUAAUACCAAUAUCGUGAGACGACCCGAUAACUCACUGGGGUCAAGAAGGACUGAAGUUGUCUGCAAACAGUGUGAUGCCCAUCUAGGCCAUGUGUUUGAUGAUGGACCCACACCUUCUGGGCAGAGGUUCUGUAUCAACAGCAUUUCAUUAAACUUCAAACCAGGCUCUGGUCAGUGAGAAGUGGCUUGCAGAACAUUCUUUCUCUGCUCAUACAGCAUGCUUAUGGAAAACUCUCAUUAUUUUAAUAUAUAACUCAAAUUUUAGUAUUUAUGCUGUACUAGUUUUUUUUUCCAGCUGUUAUCAUUGUUGAUAAAAUACAUAUUUUUGUUUUAACUCUUUGGCAGUCUGUCUUUUCAUGGUUAGUGUGGUGUGUUGAUCUGCUUAUUGUAUUUUUUGAUUUAAAAAUAAAUCUGUGCAAUAGUUCACAUUUGCAGCCAUCAUCAUUAAUUGUAUUGAGGCUGCUGAAAUGAGGUGCUCUCCUGCCUAUUCCGAGCAGUAGUUGUGGCACUCAGGAACACAGAUGUCCAUGGUUGAUCAUGGUAAACUUAUACUUCUAUAAAAUCAUUAUAUCCUUCUAAAGGGAAGCAAAAAUAACAUGAUCCUUCAAAUAAGGUCUAUGGGGUUUUUUUCCCCUGAUGUGAGAGACCCUUAGCUGAGCCAAGUGACUUUUCUGUGAACCCAUAAAAGCAAAGUCCUGAAGGAGGACCUAAUUAAAACUAUUUCAGGCAAUGGAAUCAGUGGAGACAUGAAGUCUUUCUUCUUUUAAAUCAAUUAUUUUGAUUCUGUAUCCAAUAGCAGUGUUGAAAUAGGGUUUGUUCCAGAAACUGCUCUUACAGCAAUUAUAUGAUAAUAAUGUAAUGAUAUGUGUAAUAUUUUCAGACUUCUAUUAUCACUUGUGUAUUUCAGAAUCCAAAAAUAAAAAUGAAUAUGGAAUUUACUGUAUUUGAGGAAAAUAAAUCAGCACAAAAAAAGAAAGUGUUGCUUUUGAUGCCUUGUCUGUUCUUCCUUGUACAAGUUUGUAAAUACUUCUGCAUUCUCCCAAGCAUUGUCAUUACAGUUUGUCC